AUGGAGGACGCUAUCUUGUGUCACUCAAACCCCGAGCGGCGCAUCCUCCGGCACGGCGAGGGCCCACUGCCGAACCGCUACCUCAAGUACUGCGUGCCAAGGGACCAGCUUCCCGGAGAGCUGUUUCCGCACUACUGCGGAGGAUUUGCGUAUGCCUUCUCUCAAUCCUCGGCCAGGAGGCUCUACCAAGCGUCCCAGGCCACGCCCAUUUUUUUCAUCGAGGACGCCUACGUCACCGGUUUUUGCCGGCUCAAGGCCGGCCUGCGCACCAUCGGGCACCCAGGCAUCACCCUCAAGCCGCGGGUGACACUGGCUCGGGCAAGCUGCGCCUUCACUCGCGAGAGCAGGAUCACCUCGCACGAGCUUGGACCGCGAGACAUGCGUCUGCUGUGGCGUGAAGUGAACACGCAGGCAUUCUUCUGUCCACGCCUGUUGGGGGUGAUCAAGGCAAAGGGUCGAACUAACACUCGGUGA